AUAAGCAAAGACCUGGCUGAGCUAAAAUCUAGCCUACAGUUCACCCAGAAAGACGAUGAAGACCUAAAACCAGUAACCAAGCAGAUGACUAAGAUUGGAAAAGAGCUGAAAGAAGUCUAAGCCCAGGUAGAUUUCCAUUGUGACAAGAUGGAAUAUCUCGAGAACCAGAGCCGUCGCAACAACAUUAGAAUUGAUGAAAUCCCUGAGGAACCCGAUGAAACUUAGGAAGACACUGAAAGUAAAGCUAAAGCGGCGCUAGAAUUCAAACUCAAUCUUCCUUUCAAGGUGGAAAUCGAGCGAGCUCAUCGUACUGGUAAAGUUAAUCGGCGCUCUGACGACAACGCUUCAUCUACGCGUCCUCGCACAGUUAUUUGUCGCCUGGUAAGCUGGAAGCAAAAGGAUCCAAUAUUAAAGGCCGCGAGGAUUCUAAAGCCAGAAGGAAUGUUUGUCACUGAAGAUCUUGCCUUGUCAUAUUAG